AUGCUCCGCAAGAAGGAGGCCUACACUGUCAUCACUCCGAUCCCAGGCUUCAUCCCUCGCCAGCUCGCUCUCGACAUCCUCCACUCGCAUCCCGAAGUCAUCACCCUCAACCCCCUCGUCCUCGACCACAAGCCCAUCCCGGCCCCUCGAACGGCCGCCGCAGACGAAUACUACAGCACAUGGUAUGAGAUCACCGAGCGCGUCCAGGUCCUGCCUGGCGCCGGCAAGCUGGGCUCCAGCAAGAUCACCUUCAAUGGCUGCUUCCACGACAUGCCCUGGGGGCUUCAGACGCACAUCUACGCGCCCAUGAACAUCGACCUGCGCAACAAGUACCGCAUCGGCGGCAACCAGCCUGGUCUCGAGCCCCCCGAGGUCAAGGAGAUGGGCCUCAUCGCUCUCGGCGCCCCCACCGACGGGCUCUACCUGCGCGAGGACAUCGAGAUCCGCUGCAACAUCACCAUGGUCAGCUUCGUCAAGAAGGAGCUCAAGGCCGCCAGCAAGGAGAUGGUCGGCCGCAUCAUCCGCAAGGCCGAGCUCCUCGACGCCGGCGUCCUGAAGGCUAUGAUGACCCCCGACGGCCGCAUCACCACCAUCAACCCCAACGACCGAUCACAGACGUUCUCCCAGCAGCAGCAGCAGCAGCAGCACCACACGUUCCCGCCGACCAGCCCUUCGCUCCCCACGAGCUCGCCCUCCCCGGGUCCAGGAGGUCUCGGCCACUCCCCGACGUUGAUGUCCUCCUACAGCCGACAGGGCAGCAUCCGGCCGCAGAGCCACCACUCCGCCGGCUCGCCGAUGCCGAACUACGCGCAGCCCUACCACACCCCGUCCAUCCACCAGCACUCGCCCUCGGCCACGCCUCAGCCGUACCAGAUCCCCGGCAAGGACCAGGUGCCGCAGCAGUUCCAGGCCUACGAGAUGCCCGCGUCGUAUAACUUUGCGCCCCACGACUCUCGCCUUCACCCGGGCUAUGCGCAGACGCCGCAGGACCCUCGCUGGACGCAGGCACACCCGAAUCCCGAGAUGGCGAAUGCGCAUAAUGUGACGGGAGGCUUCUACGCUGAGCUCCCUAGCGGUAACGACAAGUAA